AUGAAAAUAUCGGGGAUUCUCUUCCUCGUUUCCUCUGUUUUCACGAAAAAACUCCAAUUCGCACCUUCCGGACCUUUUCAUGAAAAAUGCCAGGCUGGAUCGUAUCCUGAAAAGCGGGUUCUGUGGCGCCCCAAAUCGGCAGAAAUUAAUCUCGAUCUGGCCCCGAUUGAGCGCUGGAGCGAACUAGCGAAGACUUACUCGAAGGAGCUCCAUGCGGCGGUCAAUGACGUCGUCGUUCUCGCCGACAAGAUCGACGCGAAAAUCGUCCCCUUCGUCCGUGAGAAGCUUCCCGAGCUGGCCGAGACGCUUCCACAGAAUUACGUCGACGAGAUGAGCAGUCUUUCGCAGGGAGCUGGCCUUCCUUUCGGGGACAUCGUCCUUUUCAACAUUUUCUACGAAGCCUUUUCUGCCUGCACCAGUGUCGUAGCGAAGAACGGAAGCGGCGGAGUCCACCACGCGAGAAACAUGGAUUUCGGUCUCUUUCUGGGUUUCGACUUCAAAAACAUGACCUGGUCACUAACCGAGGCUCUCAGACCUAGUCUUAUCCAUUUGGAUUUCCUGAAAAAUGGCGAACUCCAAUUUUCGUCUGCCUCAUUCAUCGGCUACGUAGGAAUCUUCACCGCCGUGAAAAAACAAAAGUUCUCCUUGACGAUCAACGAGCGAUUCAAUAUAGAUGGCGGCUGGGUGGGCAUCCUUGAGUGGAUUCUUGGAAAACACUCGGCGAACUGGCUCGGCUUCCUCACUCGAGAUCUUUUUGAGAAAUGCGACGACUUCCGAUGCGCGCAAGAUCUUCUGAAGACAGCGGAAAUGGUUUCGCCAGUUUAUUUCGUUCUCGCCAGUGGAGAACGCCCCCUUGGAGAAAUAAUCGUGCGGGACCGAGAAGACGUAUCCCAAACGGUCAAAAUCGGCGAAGAAAGCGAUCCUUCCAAAUCGAGCAGCUGGUUCCUCCUUCAAACCAACUACGAUCCUUCUCAAGAGCCGCCAUUUUUCGACGAUCGCCGUCACCCCGCGCUCAAGUGCAUUUCCGAGCUUUCUUCCGAAAAUGCCUCUGGCGAAAAUUUCAUUACGAAAGAAGCGCUUUUCGACGUUUUGUCAACUAAGCCCAGUUUAAACAUGUUGACUGUUUACACGAGUCUGAUCGACAUUCAAGAAGGGAGCAUCGAGUCUUUCGUGCGAGAAUGCCCCUUUCCCUGCACUCCUUGGUGA